AGUAGCAUUGUGAGAGGUGAUCGAGCCAGAGGGUUGAUUGGUGCUAUCCUGACCACUUUGUGUAGCCGUGUGAAAACUGUGUCCCCCCGCAGGGUACGCGUGUCUCUGACUGGCUCACUGGAGGAAGAGAAAGAAGCAGUACAACAGUUAAAAGAAAAGGCGCUGAAUGCAAGCUUUCUUUUGAGUGUUUGUUUCGCCAAUAGCAGCAGCCCACAGGCCCGUGCACAUACACCUUUUUUUUGCAGCACCAAUGGGGAGUUUACGGAUUUUGUUGUUUGCUCUGUCACUGCACGGCAUGCUGGUACACGGUGCCAAGCUUGGCGGUGGGUCAUGCAAAAAUUGUAAAAAUAAAAAUGCACCAACCAACAGUCAGCGAUUAAUAGCGAGCCCCAUUAAUCUGCUCAAUCCCGACCGGUACGAGUUCUUCACGUUGGACGAUAAAGGAAAGGUGGUAAAGCGCAUCAUGACGUUCAAGGAGAUACAGAGCAUCGUGGCAGGGAGUGACAUCACGGAGGUGAAGCUGUUUGCGAACAAACACAACAACGAUCGUAUCGUGUCUAGUGUCGUUUCAAACGUUCGGAACGUUCUUAACAAUGAGCUAAACCUGCUAAAUGGGCACGACCCAGUUGAACAGGCCGAGCUACCAAUAUCCGAUGUAAUCAAUGCCCCGUACGAACCUUCUGCUACCGCAACAAUGUACGACGUGUUGAACAAGCUUGGCGAAAGUUUGGUAACAGCAACAACGAAAAGGACGACGACUGCUAGACCAGCAGUGAGCGCGGAGCAAACAACGGCUUCGACAACAACGAUCACUACGAUACCACAACCUGCCGAUGCCAUCAUUACGCAGAUGCCGAAUACAUCGACCGAACGAUUGACUACACGUGUCAUGCUAAAGACGACACCGAAACCAAAACCGGUAACUGUGGCACAGCAACUUAAGGAACAACCAACCGAACUAACAACCAGAACAACGUCGACUACGAUCAGACCGACGAAGACAAGCGCAACGGAACGAACCACGGUGCGGACUACUUUGCAACCUUCGAUGGAAACAACAGUGAAGCUUCGUUCUUCAACCGUACGACCUACGGAACGAACAACAACCGAGCUUCCAACGAUAAGAUUCACAGACAAGCCAACCGUUCAAAAAACUACCCAACAGCCAACAACUACUUUCGUCCAAACGACUCGCAAACCUACGAUAAGUUCUACCGGUCGGCCAACAGAAAGUCCGUCCACUGUACAAUCGAUCAAGCACUCGACAGUAGGCCGCUCGACAACAACCGAAGCACCGAUGCUACUUAAGUGGGCUGAAACAUCACUGGCCGCUGCCGUACGGCUUACGACGGAAGCACCAACAGUGAAACCUUCCCGUCCUUCGACCACUUUAACUUCCCCAACGGAAGCACCGAUGUUUAAAGAAGCACAACCUUCCACAGCAAUGGUACGAUCAACGGAAGCACCAACGAGCAGAACGUCGGAAGUGGCAUUACCGAUCGUUAAGACAACGGUAGCAUCUUUCACGCAACAGACAGCGGCUCCCCCAUUGGAGCAUCCGCUGCUGACGGUUUCUACAGUAAAACCUACCACCGAACCACAAUCCGUGGAACAUUCGUCCCAACGAUCGGAGGAGGUAUCAGAGGAUGAUAAUUUGGUUGAAUAUUCCACCGAACAAUCGUCCGAAAAGUGGACCGACGAUCACAGUGGUUCGGGUGAAUCUUUCACAACCUCCGAAGAAACAUCCACCGGAGGAUCGACCCAGAUCGUAUUAGAUGAAACGGAACCGACUGUUAAAACUGUGUUAAAACUGGCAGUGGAAACGGUGACGAUGGAUGUACCGGACAGUAACAUCACAGUAUCUCCCGUUGGAGGUAGUAAAAUUGCACCAACGCAAGAAUUGUCUACCGUACAGGAGGAGAAUCAGGAUCAAACCGAGGAGGCAGAUACCUGGAAGGAUUCGGAGAUAAGCGCAGACGAAAGUAGUUCUACUGAGCAACUAUUCCAGACUACCGGUGGUUUAAGUACCUGGUUUAUGGAUCCCGUAACGCAACUUGCUACUACACCGCAGAAGACACAAGGCAGUGAUCACAGCGAAGUGUCCAAUGAAUACUUGGAAACCACGUUUGCUACAGGAAGUAAAUUAGAUGAUGCAAUUGCAACCACAACGUCGUUCGAAUCCGAUAGCUCAACGGUGCAAGAUUCUACCGGUUACAGUGAUGAACAGUCGGAAGAGAUGCAACUUACUACCCUGAACCGUUACAGUGAGGAAUCGACGACAACAGCCAACAGCGGAGAGUCGUAUUUCUUGCAAACCGAUUCAGCGCAACCACAAGAUACAUCCACCAUUCCUUCCGAUGCGCAGCACGCUAUACAUAAGAUAAUUGAAUCGUUGCAAUCGAUCAAUGAUCAUUCGGCAAGUGACGAAUCAGAAGAGGUAGACUCACAGGAAACCGGAGACCCGGGAGAUGUUCCCAGCAUGAGCUAUGAUACGGAUGCGCAAAGUUCGAUUAAUGCCAUUAUUCAAUCGCUUGGCCAGGGUGCGCUGGGUGCUGCUGGUGGCGAGAGUGCGAUCUUUCCUAUCACAACCGAAACAAUCACCACACCGAAUGUGGAGCACACAACGUUAAUGGAAACAACGGCGGUGAAAAUGAGCACACCAAGUGCGGCCAUUGCUACAGAAACCAGAUCACCCGUUACGAGUACACCUGCAGCUAGUACGACGUCUACUACUUCUACUACCACGCCGACGCUACCUGUACUAAAAACUUCCAAACCUGCGGUAAUGAUAACGGAGAACGCGGAUACUACGAGCAAUUUCAACUACAAUACUAACAUAAUGGACACGAUUGAAAAAUUCCUCAGCACCUUCGCUAGCCUGCCGAAGGAGAACUCAUAUGCGGCGAACCUUACGGAGCUGAACAUACUUAGCGAUUAUCCUGCCGAGAUUAACAUGACCGAUUACGUCGAUCGUACGGCGACGGUAGCAUCCGUACUUAAGUUUCCACAAUCGGGCGUUUCGGAAGUAUCGGAUAUUACGAGUGAAGUGGAAUCGCUUGAAGAGGUCACACCUACCGAAUCGGAUCUGAUGCUGGGAGAGCAGCAACCCAUCCUAAGUGAAACUGUCGCUUCUUUCAUGAAGCUCGGUGAAAUGCUCACCAUGGGUGCGCAGGUAAGCUCUACCGAAAUCUCCAUACCGGUGCAGCUGGAAGUGAAAACCGCCGUCGAUGAGGAGGAAACGGAACUGUUGCGCUUCUUGUCGAUCUGCAGCAGCUUGGGAGCGAACGUGUACGAUUCGCUCACCGACGCAUCGAACGCUCGAUCGAUGAGUGAGCAAAGUUUGGUUUAUUCACCAUUUGCCACGAUCACCACACUGUCUAUGCUGUUCCUCGGUACACGUGGCACAACAGCCGAAAGCAUCAACAGCGUGAUAGGGCUUGACGAGAUGACCUCGUUUAAUCCGCACCUGUUUUUCAAAUCGAUCGCCGAAGACCUCACGCCGAAACAUCGCCGAGCGGUGUAUGCACGCGAAGGUAAUGAGAUCCUACCGGACUCGACGUUCCAGCGAACCUUGCUGAGUGACGAAUCGCGUGGCGGUUUGCAGCGAUUCUUCAAGGCACGCAUUCAGGAAAUUUACUCCACCGUUGCGGAAACGGUUGACUUUCGUCAGAAGGACAUGCUGCUGAGACAUAUGAGUGGGGACUUCCCGCGCGAGUAUGUGGACACGCUGAAGCACUUGCGCUCGCCGUUGGUGUCGAUCAGCAGAAAUCGUUAUCGCCAUGAAUGCAACGGCGCAGGUACUACCUUCGGUACGAUGUCGUUUAACCAACGUACCGAUCGUUCCCCAUCGGUUGUACCAAGUGUAACGUUCCGGUCCGGAUUUUCGACCGGCUAUUCGAAGGUUCUCGACGCUACCAUCCUUGCGUUGCCCGGUUCGACAAGUAAUGUGUCGGUGUACUUCCUAAAACCCUCCUCCACCGCGGCAGGCAUUAGCGAACUCGAGACCCAUCUCCGGAACCAGAGCAUAUCGAACGUGCUCAAACUGUUCCCCGAUGAGACGGUGCGUACUGCUUACACUGAGGUACAGCUGCCCCACUUCACACAGACCACCAUCUUCAACAUGACGGAAAGCAUCCAGCAGCUGGGAUUGCAGAACCUGUUCGAACCAAAUGUGGCCAACUUUAAUGGGCUGCAAGAUUCGUCUACUUCGAACCUAUACCUGUCGGAAAUCAUACAGACCGAUUCGUUUGCGUUGUGCGGUGGUAGUAACGUUAUGGCCACCCGUACCAUACCGUUGCGUAGUUUUUCUACCAAUCUGAUUAAACAUAUCGGUCAAACUAUUGGCGAUCGAACGAGCGAUCGUACACCGGGAAGAUUGAUGAGGCGCAAACAUCGUAAGCUUGCGUUCCACAACCGUUCGGCUUUCGAUGGUUCGAAUACGCAAAGCAAGCUGGUGUUUGAUGCACCGUUUUUGUACUUGGUAAGACAUAACCCGACUGGGACUGUUCUAUACAUGGGACGUUUUGUAGGUAAUGUUUAAUAAUAAAUGUUGAGUGUAAGAUCUUACCUUGUGGGAGCGUGCCGUACAGCUACGAAGCUUUCCAAACUAAUAUCACACACGCCUUAUCA